AUGUCAAACAUGAGGAGAUGCUUGGAGAGGCAAGAGCGAGAAAUUAAAGAUAGAAGGCGUAGAGGAGCUGAAGAAAAAAGGGUACAGCAAGAAGAAGAUGAACAAGUUGCCAUGGCAGUGGGUUUGGUCAAUUUAGAAAGUCAAGAUCGUCGCCGUUGUUCACAAGUCGGUCGUGGCCCGAACGUGGACAUAUAUAGGCAUUCUCAGGCAUACACAGGUUAUCCUCCGGAAGGUCAGCCACUUCGCUUCACCAAUGAUAUGGACAUUGAUGAGCAUAAGGAUGUGAUUUACUUCACAGAUUCAAGCACAAUAUUCCAUAGAAGGCAAUUCAUGUCAUCAAUCUUGAAUGGAGACUGGACUGGUAGAUUACUCAAAUACAAUAAAUCAAACAAAGAAGUAACGGUUUUACUACGAGGUCUUGCCUUCGCCAACGGUGGUGUUGCAUUGAGCAAAGACCACUCUUUUGUGCUAGUGGCUGAAACAACUACUUGCAGGAUCUUGAGGCUUUGGCUUCAUGGUCCAAAUGCUGGAAAUACUAAUACUUUUGCAGAGCUUCUGGGAUUCCCAGACAACAUAAGAAGGAACUCGAAAAGGGAGUUUUGGGUUGCACUGCAUGCAAAGAGGGGAUUUUUCGCGAAGUGGUUUGUCUCUAACAGAUUGGUUGGGAAGUCACUGCUAAAGCUUCCCCUUGAUUUUAAACAACUGCAUUCGCUACUAGUCAGAAGGAAGGCCCAUGCAACUACUAUCUGUUGGAAGUUUGAAUUAAAUUCAAGAACCUUUGUCCCACAUUGA